AUGGACAGAAUUGAUUACGUCAACAAGGCGAAUGGAAUCUUCGGUGACGUAGCAUCCUACACUCUUCUUGCCGAAGACCCGACGAAAAAGCAAGCCGCUGCCAUCAAGAAAAAGGUUAAUCAGCUCACCCGUCUGAAAGUUAUAAGUCCAGAUGAUUCCAAGCUGAUGACCCUCAGUGAUCCCCAUAUCGCACGCGCUUAUGGUCUCCCAAAAGUGCAUAAAGUGAACGCCCCACUGAGGAUUAUUGUACCACUCAUCGGAUCACCUACGUACAAUAUAGCUAAGUGGUUGUACAAGCAUCUGAAGCAGUUAACUCAUGGAUCUGACUACAGCAUCAACAAUUCUCUCGCGUUCCUCCAAAGGAUCCAAGGCCUCGAAGUAAGUGCCGAUGAAUGCCUCCUGUCCUUUGACGUCGUUGCCUUAUUUUCUUCCAUACCACACGAUUUGGCAAUUGACUGCGUCGCCCAACGCUUACAGGAUAAUCCUAUUGAGAUUCCAACUCAACAUAUUAUAGAACUGCUCAAACUCUGCCUUAGAAACUACUGUCAAUUCGACAAUAAGUUCUACCAACAGGUAAAGGGAACCCCAAUGGGCUCGCCAAUAUCUGGACUGAUCGCAGAACUUGUAUUGCAGCGACUAGAAAAGGAGGUUUUCCAAGAUCUCAGCCCCAAAAUGUGGCUUCGCUAUGUAGACGAUACCUUUGUCGUGAUAAAGAACUGCGAAGUUGAACGGCUGCAUCAGAGGCUGAAUGACGUCUUCCCGGCCAUACAGUUUACUCGUGAAGAGGCAAUAGGGGACAGCCUGCCGUUUCUUGAUGUGAAAAUACAAAGGCUGAGCGAUGGUAGUCUCGCGACGAGCGUCCAUAGGAAGGGAUCUAAUUCCGAAAUUAUCCUCAAUUAUGGAAGCAACCACUCCGCAGCUCACAAAAGGAGCUGCGUUCGAACUCUGUUCCACCGGGCCUAUCGUUAUUGCAACAGCGCCGAUCUCCUUAAGAAAGAGCUUGCCUACUUGUAUCGGUUGUUUCGAUCCAACGGAUAUCCGACAAGUUUCGUAAAGAACUGCCUCAGACACCAGGCACAACCGCAAGCUCCCACCCUAGACGGAGAAACUGUGUCUCGACAAUUCUUCUCUCUGCCUUAUAUGCAGGGAGCGUCCGAAGUAAUCGCCCGGCAGUUAAAUCGCUCUGGUAUUCGCAUCGCCCACAAACCAGCAUCCUCACUACGCGCGGCGCUAUCUCGAAUCAAGGAUCCCCUCCCCAAAGAGCAACAAACAAACGUAAUUUAUCGCAUCCCGUGCUCAAAUUGCUCUUGCGUGUAUGUUGGUCAUACAGGUCGAAGCCUGGGCACCCGUAUUAACGAACACAAACUGGCUGUCCGUCGGCGAGACCCUCUGUCCCUCGUCUUUGGUCACGCACUCGAGUGCGACCACCGAUUCAAUUGGGAUGCCACUGAGGUCGUCGCCAUGGCUAACACAAAACGGGCGAGAGAAUUUCUCGAGGCUUGGUACUCCGAUGCUGGUAGUAUCAACCGCCAUGUUGAUCUGGACGCCCAUUAUGAGGGCCUACGCUCACGACUUACUGCCCCCCGCCCUGAUGCCACAGCAACGGCCGCCAAUUUAGCCACCCGGAGUCCAAUUGAUCCACCAUUACACCCUCCCCCUCCAGCAUAG